UCCCGCCACGAUGAGUCGAGUGGCAGACAAAUGCCUGAGUGGCGUAUUUUACGUCCUGACGGCGCUAUCACUUGUGAAAAAGCCCAAGUCAGCAGGGGAAAAGCUAAGAGUCACGGUCCACGCAGCAAGUGGCCAGGGUAGUUUUGGUUCCGGCAAGUUCAUGACAACAAUUAAGUUGGGCGAGGAGAAGUUCCGAACUGGACUGAAGAAGACGGCAUCUCUGAUAUGGGAGGAGUCAGCUGAGUUCUCAUCUUGGUCCACAUCUUCUGAUGAUCAACAAAAUAUUGCACUGAAGCUGAGGAAGGCAAAGAAGUGUACCGAGCGAACGGUUGGAACCGUCACCAUCAACGUGAAGGAAGCUCUGGAGACCAACCUCCACCUGCCGGUCAAGAGGCGCUAUUUGGUGACACCUAGCGACAAGCAGCAGAAGGACAGGGUAUUCCUGGAGGUCUCUGUGGCUGUUGCAGUUGAUGAGGGGAAGAAGCCGAGUGAGCAAGAAACUGCAGGCAAGCCCCGCUCUUUUUUCAAGCGCCGUAAAGCCGGUACCAACUCUCUAAUCUCUGGAAAGCCCAGAGAAGGAGAGGCUGCUUCCUCAUCAGUUCCGAGCGAACCCCAGCAGGAUGAUUCCACUGCGUCCACGAACGCACAGGCAGCGGCGCCACCUGCCGAGAUCAAUCCACACUGUAGGGAGCAGAUCUCCGCCAUCACCAGCCUGUAUGAGCAGCUGACAGCGAAGCAGACAUCCUCGGCGGACUUGCUGACGUACGUCGACGGUCUCCGCGCCAAACUGGCUGUAGCGGCGCCGCACGUGUUGGACAAUGUGGUGGUUAAGAACAUGGCGGCAAACGUUGCAGACGCCACACACUAUGAACUACCAGACAUGGCCGGUGAGAGUCUGGAGGGGCUUGGGAAGAUUUUGACGGUUGUGCAGAGGUUGGACAAAGAGGAAGACGCGCGGCUCCAUUUCAUCCAGAAAUGGUAUGUCGAUGAAAUUUGUCGGCAGGCGAUGGAGGAGGCACCCGAAGUGCUGGAAGGCGGCUAAUGCAUGUAUAUAUAAAACCUAGUCACGCCACAAUGUGGCAGAUAUGGACUGCCGUUAAAAGAGUUUAAAAAGUUUUUCUAGGACAUCAGUUUGAUGAUCGAUCUUGUUGUUUUGUUUAGAUUCAAACGUUACAAACUUUAUAUACGUGUAACUUUUCAUGACUUAUUAACAAAACUUUAUUAAAAAAAACGACAUACAUGUCCCUCACGUAUAUUGGGAUUCGACUGUUCGAUGUCCAUAAAUGUAACAGUUUAUAUAUACUAUGCACGUUGGGGGUAAAACCAUCAUCUAAGACAAUGGCAUUGUAUAUUCUGGCUUUGACUGAAUUGAUGUACAAGUUUGUGUAAUGGUUUCUUUGUGAUUUGUUAUAAACUAAGUCAUAUAUCUAUAACUGAACGUAAAGUACGCUCACGUGCACUUAACUAUGUUCUGGCUAUAAAGGGAAUGUAUUGGGGUGUUCUAUUUUAACUCAUUGAGUGUUUUUGUUGACAUUUUGAUACCCUAUGGCAAACGAUUAGAAGAUACAUGAAUGUGCUGUAACCUUACAGCGUUUGUUUGUAUGUUGCUCUUAUAGAUCGUAAAGAAAUGUAUAGGGAUAACAGCUACAUGCAUCCUUACACGACUGUACAGCAACAAAGGCAAGGUAAUAGAAACGUUUUUGUAACAUAGAAAAUUGGGUUUGUAAUCUUCAUUCAAGUUACACGACAUGAAUAAAGGUGUAUCAGGAAUCUUUUCCAAAUAGCCACAGUGUAGAAGAAUCUAUUUCUGUUGUCAAAGAAUUCUGUACAAGAAGUCCACAUUUUACAAUUGAGGGAUGAAAAGAUGUGCUUUCCCUGAAAAAAA